UUUAAAGCAGGUAACAGUUGUCCUGCGAUCAUCAGUAUCAGAUCGUCUGCCGGUGUGUAAAGUACAAAUUGUGUUCCUCAAACUUUUAAAGAGAUAUAAAAUAACACCGCACAAAAUGAACGCUGCAAUGAUUGUUUUACUUUGCAUUACGUCGGUUUGUGCUUACAGCACAGGCCAUGUAGGAGGAACCGGACACACGGAAAAGGUGUCGCAUGAAGCCCACUCGUAUGCCGCGGCAACAACGCCCGAAGCACCGAAAUAUCAACCAACGCACCAUGGAGGCUACGAGAAGCAUACUGCUACUCACGUUGGCAAGGACUCCCACCAUCGCAGCGAGGCUCACCAUAACGAUCUUCACUCCAGCAAGAGCCUGCAUCAGCAGCAGCCGAAGGACACUCCCCAUGGUUAUGCGACGACGCAUCACGGACCUACCAAAGAGACCGCUUCAUCGCACCACAAGACUGGAUACGGCUAUUGACGAAUAUGCCUAUUCAAUACUGAGAGACGACGGCUGUCCUCACAGCUAAACGGCUGUACGAUUACUAGUUUAAAUCUGACUUGUUAAUGUAUGUAAUUUGUGUUUUUUUUGUAUGUGUUUUGCGUGAAAAUAAAAAAUGAUUCCA